AUGUCGGCGCUGAGCCAUGGCAUGCAUGAUUUAUUGGGCAGCCUCGCCAUCACCGGCGAGCAUCCACUUCGUCUCCCUCACUCUCUCCCGCACGAGGCUCUUGCACCCUCAGACCCCCCUGAACAAACGAGGCAGGUGGAGCACAGCCGCCAGCUGACUUGGGUGAAGGCGCCGGCUCUGGUUCGUUUCUUGCUGGCUCUCACCAUCUGCAUUACAGGCCAUUUCCUCCCUUUUGCCCUCCGACGUUACACAUCAAUCGACGAGGUCUGGGACAAGAUCGUUACCAUUGCUAUUCCUCACUUCUUGGAGCUUGUGUGGGAUCAUGAAGUUCAGCCUUGCUUGGACUCAAUGUCCUUUGAGGCCCUGAAGAAGAUGGCCGGCCCUGCGGAAAAAACACGGCGAGGCAUCAGAAAGUCCGACGCGCCCAACGCCUUCCUCAAGAGCUGUCUGCUGAAAGCGCCGUCGAUCAUUGCGAUGAGCGCGAUGAACCUUGAAAAGCAGAUGGGGCUUCUGUAUGCUGUACUAGCUAGCACUUUCGUCGCUGCGGUGCUCGCCUCCGGGUUCUACUUGGUCUUCUCUCCGCGCGCCGUAUGUACCCAAGGUGCCAAAGAAAUGAGGGACGAUGCAACGGAAGCAGGCGACCCUGGUGCGGAAGCGAUGCAGGACGCCUUCACAGCCUUCCAGGCGCGCACGGCGGUAUGGCGUUUCGCUUGGGGAGGAUGUCAAGUGCUCGGGUUCGGGCUAUUGCUGCCGCACAUGGGCGACCACAACCUUGCCUUCACCUUUGGUCGCGAGCUGUCGGGAUUUCAAGCAACGUGCGAGAAGAUGAUGCAGAAUUUCCACAGAGCCUGCAAGAUCUGGAGAGCCAUGCUCGCGAGGGGCUUCUGGUACACUGCUGCAACUGGUGCUGGAAAGGCUCAGGCGGCGCGACACCCCCGCAUGCCGUGGGUUUCUCAAGCUACGGUGCUGUACAACACGAGUGCUAACGUAGUACAGAGACGAAGAGCAACCGGUGUGGUCAGCGACAGACACUUCAAUCACAAUCGAGACCUCGACGAAGAGCCUCGGAGCUAG